AUGGUGAUCGAAGGCUGGCUUGAGCCAGAGCGCGUUGUCGUUGCGUCUGCUGGUUCCGGUAGGUCGCCGGCAGUGUCUGGCUCGGUGACUGUCUCGAAGAAGCCGCCACUGCCGUCUGCACCGAAACCGCCUCCCUCCGUGCUGGAGCCCCCGAGUCCGCCGACGCCGGCUCCACCUGCCACAGAGCCUCAUCCUCCCGCUGCGGCUGCUCCUCACGCGCGCGCUCCUGCGGGGCCUGUUCCCGUUGCCCCUGUUGCUCCUGUUGCUCCCGUUGAGUCUCCAGUUCCCGUUGUCGUCGUUGAUGCCCCCCCGGGCGCCCCGAUCCUCGAUGCGCCGCAUGUCUCUGUCACCCUGCCUGCCCCGGUUGCUGCUGUUGGUUUGUCACCACACGCGGUGUCCGCCACCACUGGCGGCCCGGGGCCGGGGGAGGUGGGGGGGGGCGUUGCGCUGUCGGCUCCCGUCCUACCGACUGCGGCGACAUCGGUGCCGCUCCCGGACGUCCAGGCGGUUCCUGAUCCCGCGCCGCUCGCCGCUGCUCCCUUGGCUCAGCCUCCCUCUGCAUCUGCCGCUGCUCAUGGGAACCGGAUGCGCCUGCCGUGGGUUCCUCCUGUGGCGGGUAUGGAGUUCGUGACCACGGCUGGAGGACUGGUGACGGCGCAGUAUCCCUCUCUACUGCCUGUUGCUCCUGCUCCUCCGGCUGUGUAUGGUCACGCGGCUCUCUCCCAGGGUGUUCAUCUGGACCCUGGCCCCCGGGACGAGUGCCUGGAUGCCGCGGAUCGGCUGGCCGAGCUCAUGGCGCCCGUGUUGGCUGCGCCCGCGCGGGGUGGAGUUGCGGGCGUUGGACAGCUGGGGACGGCGGUCCGUGGUUUGCGCCGGUUUCUGCGCGCGGGCUCUGCCGUCGACUUGAUCGGCGCAACGACAGUGGUGGUGCGCGAGCUUCAUCGGUCUCUGACGGGUCUUCUUGCUGUCCUUGACGCGGAUCAGAUGUAG